AUGAGCUUGGAGAAGUGCCAAAAUAUAACAUCUUUGAAUCUGAAUCUCUGGUGGAAUAAUCUUGGUGCAGAUGGAGCUAAGAACAUUGGAAUGAGCUUGGAGAAGUGCCAAAAUAUAACAUCUUUGAAUCUCAAUCUCUAGGGUAAUAAUCUUGGUGCAGAUUUAGGUAAGAACGUUAGAAAGAGCUUGGAGAAGUGCUAAAAUAUAACAUCUUUGAAUCUACGUUUCUGA